UUUCACUGUCGGGGAUAGGCGAGGAGGAAAAAAUGGGUAAAGAUUACUACAAAACGCUGGGCAUCUCCAAAGGAGCCACCGAGGAGGAUAUUAAGAAAGCGUACAGAAAACAAGCGCUGAAAUGGCACCCGGACAAAAACAAGUCUGCAGCCGCCGAGGAGAAAUUUAAGGAGAUCGCGGAGGCAUAUGAAGUCCUCAGUGAUCCGAAGAAGAGAGAAGUUUACGAUCAGUACGGGGAGGAAGGUUUAAAGGGAGGAAAUGGGCCCACGGCUGACGGACAAGGCAGCAACUUCACCUACACCUUCCAUGGUGACCCUCACGCCACCUUCGCCACCUUCUUUGGGGGCUCAAACCCCUUUGAGAUCUUCUUCGGGCGUAAAGCCAACGGCCGAGACGACGAGGACAUGGAGGUGGAUGGGAACGAUCCCUUUGGCUCCUUCACCAGCUUCAACCUGAACGGAUUCCCCCGGGAUGGGCACGUCGGCCCCGGCGGGCAGCAACGCCGGAAGCAGGACCCGGCCAUCAUCCACGAACUGAGGGUCUCCCUGGAGGAGGUCUUCCACGGCUGCACCAAGAGGAUGAAAAUCUCUCGCAAAAGGCUAAACCCAGAUGGCAGGACCAUGCGAACUGAGGAUAAGAUUCUCACUAUCGAGAUCAAGCGGGGCUGGAAAGAGGGAACAAAGAUCACGUUCCCGCGGGAGGGAGACGAGUCGCCCAACACGAUUCCUGCUGACAUUGUUUUCGUCAUCAAGGACAAGCCACAUCCUCACUUUAGGCGGGAGGGCUCGAACAUUGUCUAUCCCGUCCGAGUGAGCUUACGACAGUCCUUGUGCGGAUGCUCAGUCACAGUGUCCACGAUAGACGGGAAGACGUGCAACAUGAAGAUCACGGAUGUCAUCAAGCCUGGCAUGAGAAAGACUGUAGCCGGACAGGGUCUCCCCUUCCCCAAAAACCCCGAGCAGAGAGGGGAUCUGGUGGUGGAGUUCGACGUUAACUUUCCCGAGACGCUGCCCGGAAAUGCCAAGGAUGUCCUGAAACGGCAUUUACCCACCUAGGACGAAGGACUGGGGGAGAUAACUGCAUGACAGCGCUCACCCUUGUUACCAAACACACUCGCACAAACACACACACGUACAAGGACAGUUCUGACAGUUCACAGAUGGACCUCCUACUCACGAAUGUGCAGUUUCUAUUUUUGAGCUAUGUGGUGUUUUUUUAUAAAUGCCAUGCAUGCUGCCAAAUAGAUGGAAGUGGUAGACUGUCUGGGUCGACGAUAUCUGAAAGUCACACAUUUUAUGUACGUGGAUCUUCGCCACAAUCACUUUAUCUUUUUUGUUUGUCAGAAAUAUUUGGUAGUAAAUGAGUUCAGUUGCCAAAAACAUCCUAGUGAUCCUGGGAAGAAUUGCAGUGCCAACAGUACAUUUUCUUGCUCUUAUUUAGAUUUGACAUGCUUUGUUACUGACAUGUUUUUAACUGUCAAUCAUGUUUAUUUUGUCAUGAUAAAGAAGAGCCCUUGAUUUAGAAGGCUGUCUUAAAAUCUGUACAGGUUGUUCAAGAGGAAAGUGGCUGAUGAAUGAGCUGGAUCGUUCUGUGUGCAUUUUAGAAUCUGACAUGUGAAUAUGUUGAACUUGAAUUUUCAAAUAAAUAUUUCCACAUGAAGUGAU